CGCAACACGCAAAAUAUCCGCAAUAUAUGGUGCCGUGCAACAAGGAUCAACAACGAACUCUGAGAAGGAUGUUGGAGGGACGGGUGCUGCAGGGUGACAAUGUUGUGAGUGGGGUAGCUGAAGUGGAAGUUGAAGUUGAAGCUGAUGUGACCAGUAGUGCAUGCCGACAACAACUGCGUAACAAAAAUAGGACAAAAAGCAACUACAACCAUAUCAACAACACACAUGUGGUAAGCAAGCAAGCAACGCAAGCUGAGAAAUCAACCGGCUUACACUCGACAGAUCAGGAAGUGGUCGAUGCGGAGCAACAAAAUUGCCAACAACAAGCCAGGCAACCGCAGCAACAGCAACAAUGUCGCCAGCAAAGUCAGCUGCUCAUCACGCUGCUUGAUGGAAAUUUGCAGCAAACGCCCGCAACACACACCACGGCAUCCGCAAAGUCACCACUUCCGUCAGUCGGCGGUCAGCUGCGGUAUGCUGCUGCGAAGUCAAUGACUUCCAAAGUGGGUGCGAAGAAUGUUUUAAUGAAAUGGACUUGUGCAACAAAGAAAACAAAAGCAUCAGCUGCAGCAACAACAACAACAACAGCAGUAAGCCCAACAACAACAACAACAUCUGCUCCCAAGACUAAAAGGUCAACUAUAAAAAGUUUAAAAUCUGCAUUUGAGUGUCCAAGCACACGCCCACCCCAUGUUGCCACCACAAUGCCAGCAAACUAUGUGACCCCAACAACAACAGCAACGUCCACUACAACACCGAUGAGCUGUACACCUGCAAUACCAACAGCAUCCACAGCUGCUUCAUGGGCUACAGUUUCUCUCCAGCUAUUUGCCACAGUUGAGCAGUUUUGUUGUCGCGCUACAUCAAAAUCUACUGCCAAUAGCAACAACAACAACAACAACUCUGCUACUAGUACUACGCUUGCAUCCAGCUUUGUUUGGUUGUUGCCGGUACUUUGCCUAUUGGCCGCAUUCGGUUGUGGCCAAGCUGGUUUCGCUUGCCUCAGUAAUCCUUGCGUUUUUGGUGUCUGCAUUGAUGGUUUAAAUAGCAGCUCGUAUUCGUGCUACUGCAUCGAUGGCUACACGGGAAUUCAGUGCCAAACAAAUUGGGAUGAAUGCUGGUCGGGGCCCUGCCAAAAUGGUGGUACUUGCAUAGAUGGCGUCGCCUAUUACAACUGUACGUGCCCGGAUGGUUUUACUGGUAAGUGGAAUGGCAAUGCACGCUGUGUGUACAUGAGGGUUGUAGCAACAACAAGUGCAACGACGUUUUCCGUUUGGUUAGCAUUUGCCGGCACAAUGCAACACACGGAAACGUCGGAGUCUCGGAAACUCUAUUCUAUGUAG